UAAUUAUAAAAUCGAGUAUUUUAAUCAUCAUAGUCCACAAAAUCAUCAUAGUCCACAACAAACGGCAUGUUAAAAGUCUAAAAUCAAUUUGAGCAGUAGGUUUAUCUCUAAGCAUUUUUAAUACAUCUUCAAUUAAGGUACACAGAUUGUUGAAGAUUUUGUCAAGGCCGAUGAAUUGUGCACGAGGAGGGAAUAUGCAUGAUGGUUAGCACGGACAAACUUGCUACUGGAGAGGAAAAAUAAGCAUACGGUGUUCCAUCUAUUGCACUUUCCGGAUCUACAUUAUCUGCAUUUGACGACGUGAGUGUUGAAGACCCUGAUUUUCUAUACAUACAAUGUAAGGGGUAAAUUGCCUUUAAUUAUUAAAUUUGAUAUGAGAGUGGUGAAGUGUAUAAAAAGUUCUUGGACUUUUCAGCUCAGGCUGACAUUGUUUCAAGUAAGAUGUCUGUGGAUGAUUCCAGUUGGCAAAAAGGUGUAAGAUUUUGCCCAGAUAGAUUUAUAUCUCGCCAGGAUCUCAUAAGUUGGAAAGCCAAGCUAGAUUAUGAAGUCAUGCCAGGAUUAAGGGAAGAGAUAUCAAGAAAGAGCUUGGAUUUUAUGGAUGUAAGGGAGAUCAAUUCAGAUGCAAUAGUUGUACUUUUCAAGGACUUGCUUGCUGGUGACAAGAGCAUAUACAGAACAAUUUUUGGUCUCUCUCUUUGUUUCUGUGUCCCGGAAAAUGAUCUCCACGAUUCCAAGAAGAGGGCAGCUUCACAUGAAGUAGAAUGCUCUUCUGAUAACUCAACUCCUCAGGCUUCUGAAAGCGGAAUAUAUAUAUAUAUAUAUAUAAAUUUAACAUAUAUUAAUAGCCUAUAUAUUAUGAGAGGGUAG